AUGACAGAGGUAGAAUUUGAAGACUAUUUAUUGUUUACAACGUCCUUUCCAGGAGUUGCAGACGGUUCUUGCACCCCCAACAAACCAACAUCAAUUAUGAAAUCACUAUCAAUGGAAAACUCACGAAUAUCAUUACCACCAAGUACUGAAGUAACUAUUCCAAAAAGAUCACCAGCUAGACUAUUCGAAAGAUGGAAGUUGCCAUCUCAGAGGCUAAUGAACGUGGUCUCCAACACCAAGGUCACAGCUGCCAACUCCGAAGUCAAAGUAAAGGAUACGCUGCCUUAUAUCCAUAAAAAGAAUGGUGCUCCAGAUUCACCACAGUCUUUUUUGGAAUCAACUAGUUCGUUUGAGAUUGAAGAUGAUGAAGUCAAAGGUGAUGAAGGUGAAAUUUGCUUCUCCUCAAACUCGGAUAACGAAUCUGUGUUUUCUAACCCAGGAAGUAUUGUUCCAGAACCUCAAAAGACUGCUAAUUCGGUUCAAACCAAUAAUCAUAUUUAUGACUCACAUGAGGAAGAUGAAGAAUGGGAGGAGCUUUUGCAUUGUCUUGAAACUAUUCAAAUUUGCAAGAUUGAUGAUGUUGUGACGAUAAAACAUUCUAGCAACACUGGGUUAGCACGGGUUAAAAUUACUGCGCCAUCUCCAAUGAGGACAGUGAAGGUUAGAGUCUCUUGA